CAGGUGACCGCUUUGCUGGUUGCAACUUUGAGAUUCUGAUGAUGGAAAAACGACCCAUGGACACCAGUUUCAAUCAGAAGUCGUUUUGGUCCAUGAACGCAAUGAUCAACAAGGCCUAUGCUGACAAGUGGGGCUAUCGCUUCACACUGGCGAAACCGGAAGCGAUGCUUUCCAGCCACGUGGCCGAGAGUUGGUACCGGGUGCCAUGGCUACAGGAACGCUUGCGGUCCAAAAACGCCGCCUGCGGCUGGAUGCUUUACAUGGAUUCCACUGCAUUCGUUCAGAAUCAUCAAGUUUCGUUGUCCCGAUAUUUGGAUGACCUCUUCAAAGAUCAGCCAAUGAACCUGCGCACAGGUGGCAUUUUCCAAUGGGACGCCAGAAGAAGUGGCAUGGUCAGUGACAAGAUCUUCUUCAUCCAAGCCAAUGGACAUGGUGAAGAACUAAUGAAUGCCUGGCGGAGCUCCAGCAGUGAAGAUGAGGCCAUGAGUUUCGAGGCUGCCGAGCAAGGAACGCUGACGGAGUUGCUGUUUCCCGGCAAGGUGGCUACCCGCAGUGCGAAGGCCAUGAAACUUUUCCAGGUGUCCCAUGCCAAGAUUCACGUUGGCAGCGAGCAGCUUCGGGGGAAAGCCACGGUGCUUUUUUCCGCGGGAACUGAGGGACAGUGUUGGGGGGACUUUAUCCAGGACACGUCCCUGGCCCCUGAAGCUGUGAAGAAGAAGCGCUCACUGGAGCAGUUGAGACGCAUAGGUCUUGUGGGUGCCCGCUUUAACGAGCGCCUGCCCGCGCUGAGCGCGGCCAUGAGAGGAUGGAAGGUACCCACAUGGACAGCUGGGAUGGCUGGACAUCAGGCGUUGAUUUCCCAAAAGGUGAAAGUGCAGGUGAAGGAAGAGAACCUGGAAGCGGAAGAGAAGGAGAUUCUCGCGGAGCUUGGGGAAAGCGAAGAGUGAUCCUGGAGGCCGAGCCAAGCAGAAACUUGGCACUGAAGGUACUCCAGACAGGACGCAUGGGUUUAGUGAGUGACUUUCGAGAAGUCAUCAGGAACUGCCUAUGCUGCGAGCAAAACAGC